AUGGAGAGUUCUGAAAAGCCGCGGCCGCUGCUGCAGCGUCCAGAGAGUUCCGGCAUUGAUGUUCUAGAUUUCUCCUUCAGCAAGCCCGCCUCAUACAAGCCCUUGUACUCGCGAAACCUGACCAAGCAAGCACCCAUCCCCAACCCCCCAGUUGAUAAUGCCCGACCUUCAAGGGAACUGAUGGGAGAGGAGGCAGCUCACAACCAUCAACUAGUCGGGCCAGACACCCCUCUCAAUCACCGCGGCGUUGAGAAAGAAGGACCACCCAAGGCACCAGUCCCCACGGGACAAGCUGUGUUUUCUCAGCCACCAAGUCGACUCUCGACAGCAGCUGAACCCAAAAAGGACAGCGCCCGUCGGUCCACACCUAGAGAUCUAGGUAAACAGAGUUUCCGACAAAGGCAGGAACUGAUUAAUGGCCAACCAAAUAAGCCCACCGGGUCUGAUACUCCCAGAGAGACCAUUAGCUCUACAGGAAGUGUUGUUGACCUGAGUGAAGAGCAUGUUGUUGACAUUGACAAGACGGGUGAAGCUGAAUAUGCCUUGCCCGAGUCACCCCAGGUACAACGGCCUCACAGAGAGAGGCAAGAAGUUCCGGAGAACCCAUGCUCUCGUGUGCCUCUCAAGCUUGUACACAAUCAGCUUCAUGCGUCGACGCGACGCUGUGCAUCCGAGAAGGAAACAUCUUCCAAGCAGCCCGCACCGCUCGUUGGUGGCAAGAACGGCGUUCAGCUCGGUGAGGAUGAUCUAUUUGAGCUUCUCAUCACGAAAAUGAAACAGCGAGAGGAAAGCGAGCACGCGGCUACAGUCAUCCAACGGCAACUCAAGAAGGAGAACAUGGGCUUGAAGGAAGAUAACCUUAAUCUGCAGGACCGCCUCAAGAAAUGCCAAGGACAGCUCGCCAAAACAUCAUCCGAGUCAAGAUCUCAGCGCGCACAAAUAGACAAGUGGAAGGCAAAACUUGGGACAUUCAAAGGUGUCCUCAACGAACUUGGCCGUGAAUAUGGCGCAGUCCGGGAGCAAGCCAAAAAAUUAAAAGAAGCAACCAUGUCGCUUGACCGAGAGAAAAUCGAGAUCCAACACAGUUUGGGCGAGAUCAAGUUGAAGGUUUCGAACAGUGAAGUGACAAUUCGGGAUCAACACGAGAGACUUUCAAUGUCCGAAGAAACAGUUGCCAGCUUGAGGGAAGCUUUGGACCAUUCAGAGAAAAGAGGCGAUUUGAUCAAGACGCAGCUAUCAAACGAGAAUAAGCGAAUUGUGACUCUAGAAGCCUACAUCCAAAAUGAGUGCCAGAGUCAGUCACGAUACUUGGGCCUCAUCAGAAACGACCAGCGCAGAAUGACCGAAAGGUUUGACUCUGCCUGCGAGCUGUUUACCACAUCUUGCGUCAAAUCUCAGGAUAAUAUCCUCUCGAAACUGAGUCCUGCGGUUGAAUAUUGUCUUGCUUCGGUCCAGGCGUUGAAAGAACAGUGCUCUGCCGAGACCAUGGAUGUCCAAGCCUUUACCAGCAGCGUUCAGGAGGCAACAUCCCGUUUCAACUCUCUGGCUGGUCAGGUCGCAAGCGACGUUGACCGAAGCACAGAAAUGAGCAAAAAUGUGUUUCAAGCCCUUCAAGAAGCCCUUCAAGCAAUUGAAGGCAACCUCGGUCCGUAUUCGUCGAUUUUCAAACAACUUGCUAAUAGCGAGAGUUGCUACGGGAGUUUGCAACAACAGCUUCAGAUUGUUCAGCCAAUGCUCGGUAGUCUCGAUGCUUCUAUCAAGGUCGUGGGAACAACAGAAACAGACCUCGUGCGCGGGCUAGAAACGUUCGGUCAGAAGCUGUCCGAAGCUCGAAUCCCAGCAGGGAACCCUGUUCUGGAGAUGGAGGUUUCCAAGAAAUUCGCCGAGAAUACGCAGUUGCAGCUUCAACUACAAGGGAUCUCCCUUGAAGUUGAUUCUGUUAGAAAGCAACUUGCCAGCAAGUCAUCUGAGAAUCAACAUCUUCAGCAUGCUUUGACUGAUGCUGUUACUAAUGAACAAGCAUCGAAAAGUCAAAGUUCCCGGCUGGAGAUUGAGAAGACGGCCUUGCGAGGCGAGCUUCAAUUGCUCGAGCAAAGAAUCCGAGAAGAGUUGGGCGCUGCAAGCACCAAGCAGGGUCAGAUGAAAGCUAGAUUCGAAGAACAAGUCCAAGGGCUUGAGACAGAAAGGACGAGGCUAGAAAGAGACUUCAGUAACCUUCAGGCGCAGCUUGCAAAUGUCCAAGGAUCUUUGACCGAAACCAAAAAGACAGCCGAGGACGAGCGACUAGAAAAGGCCUCCAUGCACCAGGAAUCACAGAAACGAAUUGAGGAGCUGAAUCUUUCUUGCUCAAAAUACAUCACAGAGGCCAAGACCAUUGAGACUGAAUCACAAUUAUUGAAAAGAUCCGAAGCCGCUCUCCUCGCGGAGAAGGAGAGGCUCCUUGGACAGCUUGAGCAAGCGAACAGAAAGACAAUCGAGCUUGAAGCGAAACUAGGGCUGAAGACCGAGUCUGCAACAAUGAAAGAGAAAGCGGCGCAGGAAGCAGAAAAGAGAGUCCAGGUGCUUGAGCUGGAGAUGGCCCAGAAGACUGAAGAGCUUGUAGCUAUGAAAGAAAACCUCGCCAUGCUCAAAUCACGGUCAUCGGCUUUAGAGAAGGUUGGGGAGGAGGCUGACGCUGAGAUAGUUUCACUCCUCCGCCGGGCUCAGGAGGCUGAAAGCUGGCAAGCGACUAUAAGAGAGGGGAUUGCGAAGGUGAUCGAGGUACAUCCCGACGAGCCUUUCGACCUAACAUGGCAGAAACUGGAAGACAUCAUUCAGUCCUCGCUUGCUCAGCCGUCCAUCACUGGCGAUACGCCUUGCACCAAGCUUCACGGCAAGGGGAAUAUGGAGGCGACUGAAGGUAGCAAUCUUGCACCGGAGCCAAGUGAGGGCAGACGGGAUGAUCUCUUGGAGACUAAUGAAUCAAACAAUGAGGCUCGCAAGCCUGCUGGAAACAUGCAGACAGAUGGACAUCUAGCACCAAAUACUUUUAGUCCCCCGAAGGCUUUGAAACACGGUGAUUGUGUUGACUCUUUACCGAAAUUCCCUGCUGGUCACGGUCAUAUCGUUCCAUUUUCAAGUCUCCAUGACAGACUUUCACGGGAAAAUAGUAUGUCGCUUUUCAAUGAUCCAGCUGAGCUCGAAAUGCUCUUUAUGUCAACCCCGGAUCUUCAAGUCGCUUCGAUGCCAGAUGAUGCCCCAAAGAAAGCUCAAGAACAGCAAAAGGUUCCAGUUAAGCCUCUGAAAAUGAGCCGAGAUCCCAAUGAAGCUAACCCUGUUCUCGGGAUGCAACCUCCCCGCGCCGAUGGCAGUACAAUUGAAAGAUCUCAGUCGGCUCUUGAAGAUACUGCCAGUUCGUUUAUUGACAAAUCUGCCAGUAACGAACAGCCCAACACCAAACGUAAAGUAGUCAGCUUCGAGGGGACGCGGGUUUUCACCAAAACAGAGGUUGGUAAAGCCAGACGAAUGUCAGACGCAACAGACAACAGCUCUGGGAGAGAGUCUAAAACCAAGGAAGUCAAGAGGACACAGAAACGGACUUAUAGCCGUCUUCGCCAAUCUGUUGCACAGGAGGAAACCUCGAUUGAAACGACUACAGAGGAGCAGCCUGCCACCAAAGCUUUGGUAGGAAGGUCUCAGCAGCGCUCAAUGGAUAAGAAUGAGCAGUCUUCGAACGCGAACCCAAGGCCACCGAAGAGACCUCGAAAUGCAGCCGAUGGCCCGGAACGACGACUGAGUCCGAAGGGUUUGGCUUCAGGUAGCAGUAGGGAAAGCACAGCCGGCCAAGUCAGCAUCACGCGAGGCCGCGGUAAGCGCUGCACUCGAGGUAAGAUGCUUGAUGCCUUUCCAAGGUGCCCCAGCUGA